AUGCACGACAAUGUGCCACAUACUACGGCCCGCAAGUUUACUGCCUGCGAUGUGUGCUAUCGGCGGAAGAUUAAAUGUGACGGCGUUCGUCCACGAUGUAAUUGGUGUCUUCAUCAACAGUUGGAUUGUACCUAUCGGCGUCCAUUUCCGAGAAAAGGAGCCAAAAGGACCGCGGCCAGCAGUACUGUGACCAACAGAGCUAGCUUAAUCGAGCGCAUACGGCGGCUCGAUGAGCGCAGGACAGAUGCCAUGUCUAGCGAUAUCAACGAUUGCCAGGCUGGAGCUCCAAACCUGCUCCCUGAGGGUCUCCGUUGGAUCAAGUCACGCACAGGCAUUGCUAUUUCGCUCCCGACUUCUCACCAUGCUCCUUGGGAGAAGCCUCCUUCGUCCACGGACAACUUGGACCUUUGGCCAAACGGCACAGCCCUAGAACUGCCAACUAAACCAAUACUCAGACAAUACCUAGACGCGUACUUGUCAUCUCUGAUGCACAAAGUUUUCCCGGUAGUUGACUCCUCUUUAUUCCCCCUGACAAUCCGGGCAGCAUAUCAGCAACGGGGUCCUGGACUCGAAAGCCCGAACCCUAGCGCGCGAGCUUGUGUGUUCGCCUUUACUGCCCUUGUUUCCUGCUUGGGUCAAGUUGACCCCGGUAGCAGUGUUGCACGGCCCCCUCCUGUUCCUUGCAGAGAGUAUAUCAUGCAAGCGCGAAGAAUUCUGCCGGCUAUCUUACAAGAACCGCCUAAUCUGGACGCAUUACAGACAACUCUUCUACUGGCCCUGAUCAGUGUCAUCACUGGCGAAUUACAAAUAGCUGUAUACUAUACAUCCAUUGCCUCACGAUUUGUCAUAGCUUCAGGGGCUCAUACAAUGACCGACACUCUGGCCCCCCCUAGCACCCCAGACGUGAUUGCAAAAAAGCAUCUUCGCACCCUUUUCUGGCUCUGUUAUACCCUUGACAAAGACCUCGCACUUCGCACAGGUCAAGCGCAUGUCCUCAAAGAUGAUGAUUGUGCACUUGACAUACCGCCCGCCUAUCAUGAGCACCUUCAUUCAUGUCUGGAUCAUUCCCCUGGAACCGACGCCGACAUUCGCGGCCCAAUUUUCCCCGUCGAUCUACGUCUCAGCAUGAUCAAAGCUCGAGCGUUCACAGCGCUGUACUCCUACAACGGCCUCCGCAAGUCUGACACCGAACUCAUUCGCUCUAUCCGCGAACUUGACGAAGAGCUCGAGUGCUGGAGAACAUCCCUGCCGCCGCACCUCCGGCCGCAGCUUUCCUUCAUGCCAAAACAUGAAAAACCGAAGAAUACCUUUCUUAUCAUCACUCACAUGAGCUACUACUCCUGUGUAAACCUCAUCCACCUCGCUAGCAGUCGAUGCAAUGCAUGGCGGUCACCUUCCCUGGACGGAGGUGCACUGAUACACGGGCUUCAGUCAAGCCUGACUGUCUCCGUCGAAGCCAGCCGCUCAUUACUUCUUUUUCUGAGGGACUCUGAGUUCCGGAGGCCAGAUGCAGAUAAUGUGGAGAGCGAUAUGAAGCUUCUUGCCCUUGCGGAGCAGACCACUGGACGUCUAUUUCUGAGACGAAAUAACCCAAUGGACAGGGUUAUCGACUUGGCACCUAUCAAUGAGUUCAUAACAUGGCUGCGCAAGCAUGCCGAGCGCGCAAUAUAG